UCCUUAUUAUCCCUUAAUGUCUUAUUGGAUUGGGUGACGCCGUAGCCGCUCGGAGACGCUCGUUUCCGUUAGCCAAGCAGCGAGCUGGCAUCUUCCUGGCACAAUGUUUUGCCAACUGCAUGUAGCAGCGCUAGCGAUCUCUGCGUGUGAGAUGGCGACUCAUCUCCAGAACUCAUCGUACAUAUCCAAGCCUAUGGCGUAGCCAACAUGAGAUGACGGCCAUCUGAAACGACAGCAUUCAUUCCUCUGUCGCUAUGCCAUUGCAGAAAUGGGUGCCGUGACGCAAACCACACACUGCAAUAAGAUGAGUCCUCUAGCGACCAAUGGGGAAGCUGUAUUACCACUUAAUCUGCCAAUGCAGCGCUUGGUUCUUCGGCUUAUUAGGGAGGCUUUAUUCAGUUAUUGCGCAACCUCAGGCAGUGCCGCUGUCAGCCACCGGCUGUCUAUGACUCCCGGUUGCACAGCAGAAGACGAAGGAUGGGCAUUCACAGCCAGUUAUAGAAGCCCUCCUUUUGCCCAAUAUAUUCCGUCCCCGAAGCCACGACGGGGAAUGCAAGGUGUGGACGGAGUGGGGACUUUUGUGCUCUGAGGGCUUUCAGUCAGUUCUCACCAGGUUGGAGACUUUGGAGGCAAAAACAUGCCACCUUGAGACACACAAAGUAGGUCA